AGCGCCACAAUGUGCGCCUUUUUUUCUUCAAUUUUUCUCGGUUUUGUGGGCAUGGAGGUGAUGGCGUUUUUGAUGGACUGGGUUAUAGAUGUCGCCUUAAGGAGAGGUGAGCACGAAACGAGAAGAAGUGGUGUGGGGGGUUUAGGUUCGUCGUCGAUUCACUGCGUGGGUCACAUAUUUGACCUUUUCACCUCGCGGUCGAACCCGAAACAAGCAACGCUGACGCACGGUGUCAACGGAGUCUCCUUUUUAUUUAUCUUUUUUAUUUGGCAUGUCGGUGACCAAAAGGGGAGGAUCAUGAAGAGAGGGAAAGAAAGAGAGAUAUAUUCAUUGACCGUGUGGUUAGGAGCUUUUUUAGAGUGUGCUCCAAGCCGGGGUCGGGGUGGACAUUAAAUUCUUUUUGGGACAAGAAUUUGAUGAAGAAGAAGACACAUGGGUGGGGAGGGAAGGACUUCUUUCCCUCGGCGAGACCAAAUGGGACAUCAUCUAUAUCUGGGCGGCCAAGUCAAGAGAGUUGUGCACGAUGGGUUGAAGAGACGUCAUCCCAUCUUCAACCGUGUCCGUCACGGCGGGGUCCAAAUCGAGAAAAGGUUGGCUUUCCAAGCAUCAAAGAGAGAAAGAGAGAGAGAGAGAGAGAGAGAGAGAGAGAAUGUGCGUGUGUAUAUAUCGAUGAAUCAGUUGCGGGCAAACGAUACCAAAAUCCAAACCAACCGGUGACAUCACCC